AUGGCGGGAAGCCUUCACGCCUACAUCACCGACUCCCUGACGCCCGGGCGCGUCUUCGGAUCCCUCUUCUUUGUCUUCGUCACGCUGCUCAUUCUCGACCACACAUGGAAGCCUACAUACCCCGAGAACAUCCCCGUUGUUGGCCAUGGGAAGGGAACUGUCGCGCGAAUCAAGAACUUCUACUACUACAUCUUUCGGUACAGAGACUGGGUCAUUGAGGGGUACCAGAAGUACAACAAGCAGAACCGCGCAUUCAUUGUACCCGCCGCUGCGAGCAGGGCUCCCGACAUCGUCCUCCCCCGAUCCCUCACAAAAUGGCUGCUCGAGCACCCCGACUCGAUCGUCUCCGCCCACGAAGCGCACAAUGACGUACUAUACAGCGACUACAACUUCCUAGGCAAGGUCUACGCGGACGACGUCUGGCAUACGCGGGUGAUCCACAAGAGUCUGGCGCGUCACCUCAGCACUCUUGUCCCGGGCAUCGAAGAGGAGGUUGCUGUUGCCGUCGACGAGGCAUUCGGUACAGACACUGAUAACUGGAAGACACUUAGUCUAUGGGAUGCCUGGUUGACCAUCGUUCCGCCUGUUACAAACAGAAUGCUGGUCGGCGACACGAUAUGCCGAAACAAGGAGUUCUGCAAGGCCAUGGUUUCGUUCGUAGACCAGGUUAUCUUGAAUUGCUUUGCCAUGCACAUGAUCCCGCAUAUCAUGCUCCCUAUUAUCGGGCCCUUGAUUGCCCUUCCCAACUGGUGGCUCUGGCGCAAGGCGGCGAAGCAUAGUCUGCCCGUCAUUAGGAAGCGACUACACGACAUGCAGAAGAAGGAGGCGGGGGAUCCGGAAUACGACAGCUGGGCUGCACCGGAAGACUUCAUCACAUGGGAUAUUCGCAUGGCCAAGGCGGAGAAGAACUACUUCGAACUGGACCCCUACGUUAUUUCGAAGCGCUUGUUGCCUAUUCAGUUCGCGGCAAUCCACACGACAGUCAUCACUGGCCAUAGUAUCGUCCUCGACCUGCUAGCAUCCAACCCAGCAAAGGGUUACAUCGAUGGCAUCCGAGAGGAGGCAGCUAGGGUUUUGAAAGAGGAGGGCGGGCAAUGGACGAAGAACGGGUUGUCAAGACUAUACCGGCUGGACAGUGCCAUCCGUGAAAGUCAGAGAUUGAGCAACUUCAGCUGCACCCUGAUGGAGCGCAAGGUUGUGGCGAAGGAGGGCAUUACCAACGAGCAAGAGGGCUGGCAUCUGCCCAAGGGCACGUUCCUCACAGUCAACCUCGAGGGCCUGCACCACGAUGACGAGCUCACGUCAAACGCUUUGGAAUACGACGCCUUCAGGACGAGUCGAGAGAGGGAAGCAUACGAGGCCAAGCCGCAAGAGGAAAGGAACUUAGACGAAGGGCUGAGGUUGAAGAACCUAGGUAUGGUUACGACCAGUGAUGCCCACCUGGCGUUCGGCCAUGGAAGGCAUGCAUGCCCUGGACGCUUCUUCGUUGCCCACGAACUGAAGAUGGUUGUCGCCAAUCUGCUGCUGAAUUACGAGGUGAAGACCCUGUCUGAGAGGCCGAAACCGCAAUGGAUCGGCGUCACGGUCGUGCCUCCCGUUGAAGCGAAGAUUGAGAUUAAGAGGAGGAAAGGGCCAUGA